AUGACACAAUUCAACUUGAAUGAUCAGACUAUCUGGUUUGUUACCGGAUGCUCAUCUGGACUUGGGAAAUCAUUUGCACAGAUCAUCUACAAAGCAGGCCACCGCAUUAUAGCCACUGCCCGAAAUGUCGCAUCACUUUCAUAUCUACCAGACGAUCCGAACGUGCUCAAGCUUCAGCUAGACGUGACAUCUCAAGAGGCAAUCAUCAGCGCCUUCGCCGAGGCUCUUCAAAAAUUCCCCGAAAAUAAACGUCGUCAUAAACAACGCGGGAUACGGUCUGAUGGGAGACAUGGAAGCCAUGUCUGA